CCGAAUUUAUGGAUUUUCCGAGUUAUCUUUAACGCAUGCUCCGGGUCGGCUAUCCCGGAACAGGAACUUUGUACAGAGAAAGGGAAAUUCAUCUGACAAUGACAUUGGCCUAAAUGUUUCGCUCUUAUUUUAACCCGACGAAUCGGACUUGCAUUUAACUGCACCUCGGUAACAACUAGAUCCCAGUUUAGUUCGAAAUCUCGUCCCGGUAAGAUCCAGAUUCUGUCAUCGUGUUAUAUCGUCGCGUUUUGAAUAAAGCUAUUCCCUACAGUAAACUAUGACCACUACGAAAGGUUUCAGAGUAACCGACGCAGAUAGAAAGAUCCGCGUCGGUAUCGCCGUCAAAAAUCUAGUAGAACUCAAAAAGAAAACAAUCGACAAAUUCAAACUUAAAUUUUCUCCUGGUCAAAUAGAUUUCCAAACGACUGACGGUACCAUAAUCGAAAACGAAGAAUAUUUUCAGACUUUACCUGCGCAAACUUUAUUGAUAUGGGUGAAAGUCGGCGAAAGAGCCGCCACGGAUGCCGAGAUUCUCUACAAGACAAUCAGGGAAGUUAACGAUGAAUAUUUAACUGCGGGAGAGAAGGUUCAAGAAUUUUUUACUGAAAAAAUGAAAAAUAAGGUGCUCAAACUCGCUGAGGUGCUCAAGGGUUUGGAUGCUGACAAGGGCAAAUUCAGCACCAAAGCUGAUCAUCCGGAAUGGUUCGAAGGGUUAAACACCAAUGCAAAAACAAAAGAGGAAUAUAUGUUCAAGAGGGCGCAGGAUAGAAUUAGGUCGUAUUUCUACAAAACCAAAGACGAAUUGAGAAACAGAAACGAUUUACCGCGAAAAGCGGUUAACGAUCUGUUUCUCGAAUUAGACGCCAAAUUGAAAUUGAAUAAAUACCACGGAUGUUAUUUCGAUAGGGCGAGCAGUCGAAACGACGAUGACAUGAAAAGCAUCUGCAACAUCGAAGGGACGUUCCGGUGUCAAGGCAGAUGGGAUAGGGAGCAAUGUUUAUACGCUCCGCGUCACAGCAUUAAUCCGUACAACAGCAGGGAAUCGCGUAUCGUAUUCCAGACUUGGAAUCUCGAUCACAACAAGGAACGUUCGCGUUCCGUUAUCCCUGCUGUAUGUGCAGCUCUGCGCGCUUCUGAUCCUUCUGAUAAGAACGUUGAGAUACGCGGCGAUCUUAUAGAAAACGAAACGACGACGACGCCGAGGGACGCGCGCCUCGACGUCAAGGCCAUUUAUAACGAUUUAUUCACUUUAAAAAAUUUGAAAAUCGUACAUAUUAUUUGUCACGAUAAGGGCGUUCAUCGUACCGCCAAGGCGGGUCCUUAUCUGUUGUACUGAAUUUCGAAAUUUUUAAUUUUUAGUCCAACGAACAAAGGUUUUCAACUCAGAUUUCCAUCGGGACGCAUCGAUUUGCUUGAAAUUUCGAUUCCGCCCCAACUAGGGUUUCUAGUAGUACCGUUUUGGAGCCCUUUGAAUGUUUCCCUUUUGCUUCAAAAUGUUUUUUUAAUCAAAAUAAAGGAUUUCUACUAUAAACCUCUCAAAAUUUCGAAAAUUUAUCACGCCGUUCUUCAAAUGAGGACACAACUACUUUCCUGGCUAAUGCCUCGACUAAUAUUGAAAAACAUCUUCUCUUAAUUCCAAUCGCAAUUGUGAGCUAUCGGCGAAAAGAUCGAUUGACAUCUUCAAUAGAGAUAAAAUUCAAUUUCCCUCAUUUGGAGAACGGCGGAAUACAUUUUCGAAAUAUUAAGGUCGGGAUCACGAACAAAAAAACGCUUUGAAAGGCGUUGUAAUUUUGAAAAUUUCUCGACGUUUUGUCUCCCAUUUUGGAGACAUUAUCAAGAGAAGGGUGGAUUAUUAUUAUUAUUAACCAAUUGAUUCCCAGACCAUAUUAGAGUUGGUACAUUUUGGGGUUUAAUUUUGCCACAAUCCCACAACGAAAACGAUCAUAAACUCAAUUUUCUGGAUGGUUUAACUAUUUUUAUAUCGAAUUUUGACAAUAAGGGGUAGUUUUCACCCCUUGAUAUAAGUUGUACAUACUGGUAUAAGGUAGAUGUCGCGUUUACCCAUGCGUCUCGAUGGAAUUUCUAUGUGAUACCAUAUUUUUACCGUUAUUCACUGGACUAAUUGAAAAUGGAAAAAUUUGUUGAUUUAAAUGACGUGCUGGCGCGUCUUCGGUUGUCAAACCGUUCGAGUUCGUGAAUUAAUGGUUUUAAAUCGAAUGAAAACAUCAAAUUAUUCAGGAUCGAGGUAUUGACAACACUGUAAAACAUUUUCUCGCUCGAAGUUUGUUUUCGGAAAUUAAAGGUAGGUGACAUUGUUAAAAGCUCGAUUUACUAUCGAGCUGGUCUCGAUUAGAUUUUUUUCUUUCAAAUUUUCUACUCGAAAAAUAUUUUUUUACCCAAAUUUUUCUGCCAUUUCUCGAAAAUUAUCGUGUAAAAAAUAUAUAUUUUGUUAAAUGGUUGUUAUCUAUACUAUUUCGGGCCAAAAAUCGAAAUAUUAUCGUUGAAAAGAGGGAUCAACCUAUUUUUAUUAUAUACAGGGUUGAAAAACAAAAAAAUCGACUCCUAUUUCAAUUUAAACGUUGAUCCAACUUGUAAUUGUUUCCCAACCGUUUUUUGUUUCUGUUUACACGUGUCAUAAUGACAUGAAAACAUCAAAUUUUUUCUAACCAAAAAUCUAUUUCCCUCAAGAAAAAUUUCAAACGGAUUUAGAUCCGGUGAUGUAGGAAGCCAUUUCUUCUAAUACAACUAUUGAAACAAAAAUCAUUCGGUUGUAAGAUUUCUUUAACCAAAUUUAUCGAAUUUUAUAUUUUACGACCGAAUUUUGUGAUUUAACUGUUCAAUUUCAAAUUUGACAAAAUCUUGGCCCGAAAUAGUCAUAUAGUACAAAUUUAUAUCAAUCGGAACGAAGUAUUCGCCAGCUAGAUUAUGAGCGAGUUUUCUUUGUGGGAUUGUGGCAAAAUUAAAACCAAAAAAAAACUCGUAAAUAUAUUAGAGUUAGUACACUUCGGUUUUUAAUUUUCCCACAAUGAAACACUCAUAAACUAGCUGACAAAGACUUCGUUCCAAAUCAUAUAUACGCUAGCUAGUUUCUGAGCGUUCUGUUGUUGUGGGAUUGUGGCAAAAUUAAACACCAAACUGUACUAACUCCAAUAUAUGUCCGAGCUCUCGAAAUACCAAUGUAUUUAUCAUUUAGAUGGAAAUUGUGCCGUUUUAAAUUUCGUUGUUACUUUUAAAAGACAUUAAAUUCAUCUAUUUUAAAAUUCAAUGUUCAAAUUGAUCCUCGAAAGAACUAUCAAAGUUACCGAUUAUUAAUAAACUCAGAAAUAUAUUAGAGUUAGUACACUUCGGUUUUUAAUUUUCCCACAAUCCUACAACGAAAACACUCAUAAACUAGCUGGCAAAAACUUCUUUCCGAUUCAUAUGUACGCUAGCUAGUUUCUGAGUGUUUUCAUGGUGGGAUGUGGCAAAAGUAAACAUUAAACUGUACUAACUCCAAUAUAUGUCCGAGCUCUCGAAAUACCAAUUUAUUUAUCGUUUAGAUGGAAAUUGUGCUGUUUUAAAUUUCGUUGUUAAUGACUCUUGAAAGAACUAUCAAAGUUAUCGAUUAUCAAUAAACUCAGAAAUAUAUUAGAGUUAGUACAGUUUGGUGUUUAAUUUUGCCACAAUCCCACUACGUAAACGCUCAUAAUCUAGCUGGCAAAGACUUCGUUCCAAUUCAUAUACUCGCUAGCUAGUUUCUGAGCGUUUUCGUUGUGGGAUUGUGGUAAAAUUAAACACCAAAGUAUACUAACUCUAAUAUAUGUCCGAGGUUAUUGAUAAUCGAUAACUUUAAUAGUUCUUUCAAGGGUCAAUUCGAACAAUAAAUUUUGAAAUCUAUAAAUUUAAUGUUUUCUAAAAGUAAAAACGAAAUUUGGAACUGUGUAUUUCCAUCUAAAUAAUUCCCAGGCCAUAAAUACAUAAAUAUUUCGGAAGCUCGUAAAUAUAUUAGAGUUAGUACACUUCCGUGUUUAAUUUUGCCACAUUCCCACAACGAAAACGUUCGUACUUAUACCCAUUCGCACUUCUUUCAAACUCCAAUAUAAAAAAUUCUCCAAAUGAGUUACAGUUAUCGUUAUCGUGUAUAUUGUUAAAAUUAUCCCAUCAAAUUUCGGGACAAUGAAAAAAAAAAAAAGAUGAAAAUAAGUAUAUAUAUGAAAUGCUUAUCAAAUAUUGUGAUUAAAAAUAGAUAUGACAAAAAACGGCUUUACGCAAUCAAUUGUUCGCUUAAACGCAAUAAUUAGUACUUAUAUAUAUAAUUAUAGAUAACUUGUUGAAAAUAUUGUAUAUUUUUUCGAAAUAUACCAAAAUUAGUUAAAAAAAUAUCGUUACUUUACCUGUUGGUGUCUAAUUCCUCUUCAUUGGCUUCGUUUUAAACUUUGUUCGUCUUUUUUGAGGUUAUUAACCUUUACUACUCGUUUUCACAUUCGUAACACAAACUAGGAAAUUUUAUUAUCCCCAACUUGCUUAAAAUUGCAUAUAAUCACAAAAACAUUAAAAAUAUAUUGUUUAAAUUCGAUAGUUUGGGAAUAAAACGCUAAUAAAUGAUGUAAUUAAUUUAACGUUUAUAAUCGGCAGCCAUUUUGUAAAUCUUUAUAACAACGUCAACAACUAAAACCACAAUGAUCAUUAAAUAAUUUACGUGAAAAUAAAAGUUUUUAGUAAUAUUUUGAAUUGGAGAUAUUUCUUAAUUUGUAAUCUUGAAUAAUCGUUUCUAAUAUCGUUUUUUUAAUCGUUAGCAGUUACUUUUUGAACAACGUUUUUAUGAUUCAUUUUCAAACGAUUAAUGACAGAUGUUUUACAUCGUUGCCACGUUGUAAUAUUUUUCCGUUAUUAGAAAAUAAUAUUAUAAAACAGACUAAUUACAUCAAAUUCAACCAAUAGAAAAGAAGAUUGAUAAUUUUUAAUGGAAUGAUUAAUUAUUAAUAAUAAAAUAUUUAUUUAUCGGAUGUAAAUGGGAUACUAUAAAAAAACAAGAAAUUUUAAUAUGUUUAGAAGAUUUUAUUAAUUUAAAUUUUACAACAGUGUAGAGCUAGAUCACAUGAAGCCAAUGUUUAAGAUGUAAUUUUCCUAACAAUUUUGAUUACAUUUCGGAUAUUUAGAUUUUGUUCAGUGGCUGCAAUUGUCACUACAAGUGUCAAAAUAUUCUAUCUUCGUUAAGGGUUUAUAUUAUUAAGCGCGGUAAAUUUAAAAUUUUCGAUUAUUGAAUUAUUAAUUUUGGUAUAUUUCUUUAUUGAAAUAUAUAUAUAUAUAGCUUAGACGCUUUUGAAGUAGUUAGAAAAACGUUGAAUCAUUAUAGGUUGUACAGGAACGAUACAGGGUGAUCAAAUGUACAGAAACAGAUUUUAUUAAAAAGUGAAAAUGUUUCUGUAUACUAAAAAAAAUAUUUUAAAUGAUAUAUUUUUUCUAUACACAUAGUUUUUUGCGUAUUUAAUGCGAAAUGUAGAAUUUUUUUUAUAUUCCUAUAUUCGUUAUCAAUAUAAAAUCAUUAUUUUAUUAAGACACCCUGUAGCUAAAAUCAUAUCAACAAGAACUGUUAGUUGUAGUGUGACCCUCAUAGAUUGUUAUUCUAUUUGCUGACUGAAUCAAAAUAUGACUUUUUGAUGUACUGACUAUUUAAUAAAGUUGAAAAUAUUGA